AUGUCGGCGCGCGCGUUCGCGUUCGCGUCGGCGUCGCGCGCGCAGCCGACGCGCGCGCUCGCGCGCCGUCGCGACGCGCGGAGACGCGCGUCGAACGCCGACGGCGCGUCGUCCUGGACCGUCGUCGUCGAUCGCGCGUCGUCGCGCUUCGGCAGCGACCUGCUCGUCGAGCGCGUGUCGAGCGACUGCCCGAACGCCGCGUUCGCGGGCGCGCUGGUGCUGACGCGCGCGGACGCGCCCGACGCGGUGCUGAGCGAACGACGAGACGACGGACGCGAGUCGCGGUCGGGACGCGCGGUCGGGCGAGGCGGGGUGUUCGACGCGUUCGCGACGCUGCCGGCGACGCUCGAGGGCGAGGCGAGACGAGGGAAGAAGACGAUCGGAAUAUUAGGCCUGGGGGCGGGCACGUGCGCGGAAAUCAUGGCGGGACAUCACGACGACGUGGACAUGAUCGGGUGGGAGCUGGAUCCAGCCAUCGUGGAACUGGCGAGACGACACUUCGCGGUGGGGGAUUUGGAACGCGAGGGGAGGUUGCGCGUCGUCACGGGGGACGCGUUCGAGGGGUGCGCGCGGAGCGAGAUCGAGUUCGAUGGACUCAUCGUCGAUUGUUUCGAUGAGAAUUCAGUCGUGGUGGCGUGUUUGAAGGAUAAAGCGACGUGGGAGGCGUUGGCGGCGCGACUGAAACCGGGCGGUCGCGUCGUGGCCAACGUGAGCACGGGACGAGGGAAAGGCGCGAAGCUGGACGACGCCAUCGCGUGCGCGCAGGCGCUCGCGGACGCGACGUCGGAUGAAGUCACGAUUUGGCGCGCGGGGGCGUGUUCGAUAUGGAACGAGCUCAUUUUGAGCGGGCCCGAGGUGAAUUGGCGUCGCGUCGCGGACGAGUACGGCGAUUUCGCGAGUUUGACAAAGGAUUGGUUUUACUUUAAAAAGCCAGCGGACGCGGCUUCCGGCGCGCCGUGGCUCGCGAAAACGCUCGGGGUAGACAACGAUAGCGCAUAG